UAAGGAUUAUAGCAUCACAAAGAUUUUCAUACAAAAGAGAAAAGGUUGGCGUUUUUAUUUCUACUGCUAAAGAAUUACAGCUUCAUAUUAUUUUCUCUAAGCAAACAUCCAAAGAAUUUAAGCUUAGUUCAUCUAUAAUAUUGGAACAAUUAGUGCUUAAAUUCGAUUUCUUUUGGGAAGAUACUGAAGGUAUCGAAUCAUUUGGAGUCACUUUAGUGACCACCCUUUCAGACACUUCUUAA